CUAUUUGCUGUUAUUCAAUUUAUGCAUAUUUAUAUCGUAAAAUUGUGUAUUAAUAACAGUUUCGCUGGAAAAUAUAACAACCGACGUUCACGAGCUGGAAAAAGGCAUGGAUCUUGUGCGAAAAGAAUACGAAUUGCGCGGCAAAGAAAAGCACAAUACAGUAUUGCGCGAUUUCUUAAAUAAUUCUGAGGAAAAAUUACGUCGUUUGAAACUUGACGCACGCACUGCCGGUGAAGCUUUCCGAGAAUGUGUGGAAUUCUUUGGAGAAAGUCCGAGACAAGCUGAUGCUAAUACCUUUUUCUCACUUCUUGUCAGAUUCGCGAGAGCAUUUAAGGCAGCGGAUCAAGAAAAUGAACAACGUCGUAGAUUAGAGGCUGCUGCAGCAGAAGCUUUAAAUACUUCAGAGGAAAUCAUAAAACGUAAUAAAUUGAAUCAGAAGAAACAACAGGUAUGUUGCACGUCUUUAAUGCUUUACCGCUAUGUAUUUAUACAAGCGUCAACUAGUAUUGACGAUUAUGAAUGAGAUCAGUAUAAGCAC